AUGGAGAUAUCUGACCAAAUACGGAGAGGUUUCAUAGAAAAGAUAAGCGAUAAGACUCUUACUGAAAAUCUCAUUCAUUAUAUACCACAUCACGCUGUUAAGAAGGAUUCCACGACCACACCUAUACGAAUAGAAUAUAACUGUAGUUGUAAAGCAAAUUCUUACAGCGAUAGUCCAAACAAUUGUUUAGCAGAAUACCCUCCUAUGAUGAACGACCUUACUACAAUUUUGACACGCUUUAUAAUGGAGAAAUAUGCAGUGACAGCUGAUAUAGAGAAAAGAUUUUUAAACAAAGAAUUAGACGUUAAUGACAGAGAUGUAAUGAUAUUCUUUUGGUUACAGAACCCCAACAAUCCGAACAGUCCAUUGAUAACUUACAGGUUCAAAAUAAACUCAUCAUAG